CGGGAAUUGUAGUAAGCUGUGAUAAAAAAUAAUAAAUCACGUUGUAAAAUACUAUUGUAUUAACUGAUGAUGGCCCUUUCUGCUGCAUCUAGAAUUAUCAGAGUUAUGGGUCAGACCCUCUCGGAGCCGGUGACAGAGAAGCAGUCCACAACAUGCCAGGAUUCCCGCUUCCUCAUUGGCUCGUCAUGCAUGCAGGGCUGGCGCGUGUCUAUGGAUGAUUCGCAUACGCACAUACUAUCUCUGCCCGACGACCCUGGGGCGGCGUUUUUCGCUGUCUAUGAUGGACAUGGAGGUGCGAACAUAGCAGAGUAUGCUGGUAAACAUCUUCACAAGUUCAUCAUAGCGCGUCCGGAAUACCACUUGGGGAACAUCGAAGAGGCGAUGAAACAGGGAUUCCUUGAUAUGGACCAGGCUAUGUUGGAAGAGGAUAUGCUUCAAGAAAAAGUGGCUGGCAGCACUGCUGUGGUGGUACUUAUAAAAGACAACACUCUGUACUGUGCGAAUGUGGGAGACUCCAGGGCUAUAGCGAGUGUCGGUGGUGCGGUGGAAAUGCUCUCAUACGACCACAAACCCAACAACGAGGAGGAGCUCCGCCGCAUAACCGCCGGCGGCGGCUGGGUGCAGCUGAACCGAGUGAACGGCAACCUGGCGCUGUCACGCGCGCUCGGCGACUACGUGUUCAAGCGCAACUACAGGCUCUCCCCGCGGGACCAGAUCGUCACCGCGUAUCCGGAUGUUCAAGUGAGGCAGCUGAACGAUGACUGGGAGUUCAUCGUGAUCGCCUGCGACGGUAUCUGGGAGGUGUUGUCCAAUGAGGAUAUUGGAAAUACCGGCGCGUUCGCUGUGCUGCAUUUGUGUGAAUUCGGCAUGUGUUCGAUAUUUGCUGUUGUUUGCCAAACGUGUACGUGCCUCGCGCCCAACUGCGCCACCGGCGGCCUCGGCUGCGACAACAUGACCGUGCUGCUCGUCUGCCUCAAGCCCUUCCCCACCACCCACCCCCACAUACCGCCUGUUCCCACACCGGAGCAGCUAAGUAGUAAGUUCAUGACUAAAAUGGAAGACCUACUCUACGUGGAGGACGACGAAGAGGAUUUAAAGUGAAAUCAACAGUCAUAGUGUAAAUGUGUAUAUAAAUAGAGUAUAGAGCUUUAGGCACUGGUCCCACCAAAAGCGAGUAAACGAAUGAAAUGAAAUGAAAUGAAAUGAAAUAUUUUUUAUUUUGCUUGAAAUAUGGUACAAAAGUUGUUCAGACAAUAUUAUAAAUAGGUAACACAUAUUUCAUCAUCAUCAGGCAUGCAAAAAUAUCUUAACCUACAAUUAAAACUAAGUCUAUACAAUUAUACAAAAAUGAGUUGAGCAUUUCUUUUUUUUUUGCCAAUAAAAAAAAUUUUGAUUGUUUUAGGAAAUUUUAGGUCAAUUGUACUCAGAAUCACGAGUACUUUCAAUCUCACUGGGAGAAAAAAAGUGUCCCAGAAUUUCCAUACAUUUUUGUUACUUUCCUCUUUUGUUACGCCAUACAAACUAUAUAUAGUUCUAUCUAUAUCUAUAUAUAGAAAAUGGUAACACAAUAAGAAAAAUCGUAUAGGAUACUUGUUUUACAUGUUAUGGUUGAAAAAACUUUUUUUUUAACUAAGUACCGACAAUUUUUGAAAAUUUUUAUAACUACUAGGAUUGAAAAAAGCUAGUAAUUCUGAGUAGAAAUA